ACCGCGGACGAAGGAAGCAGGAGUUGCGCCAGUGAAGGUAGCAAAUACAUCCAUGAUACUAAUCUAGCUGACUGAUCGCUCAUCCUCCAGAGCAGCUGAUGGGCCGCGCCAUUCGCCUCUGCCUGUGGCGUUUGUUUUAAAUACAACCAGACAUCUCGCUCCGCGGCUACGCUCACGUGUAUCUGCUCUCACGACCUCCAACAUGGCUUCAGAGCAAACACCAGAGGCCAAAGAGCUGGCCCUUGUCGGCAAGGUCGAGAUGCGUAUAGCGCUAGCCAGCUCGGAGAAGAAGCUGGAGGACCUGCUCAAGACUUAUCUUGCCCCACUACUACUGAAACUCGGCUCUGAGCAUGUAGCCGUGAGGAAUAAGGUCAUCUCCAUCUGCCAGCACAUCAGUACACGCACCAAGUCACAAGACAUCAAGCUCCCAGUGGCAGCGCUCCUCAAACAGUACAAAGAUAAUGCUGACGCAGCUCUAAUCCGCCAUUUCGACAUCCUCUACAUCCAGCAAGGCAUCACGCGACUAUCCGUAUCUGAACGGCUUGAGCUGCUCCCCAUCUUGCUACAAGGCAUCGCCAAGGAUUACGAAAAGUCUGUCCUGCAUGCUUCCCAGCUAUUCCACCUCAUCUUGCGCCUUCUAGUCCACUUCAAGCUUCCUUUGCGUGGUAGUAAAGAAGACGAUGAGUUGAGAACGACAUUAGGUCUUCCCGAUGAGGAUGCGGCUUUUCUCUCCAAUUGGUUUGGCAAGCUACUUCUGCUGAACAUCAUUCGACAGAGCGGCUCUGAAGCUGGCGCCUCGCCAAGAUGCCCCGGAUUAUCAGCUGACGAGUACAAAUUCCUUACCUUACAAGGCAAGCCGGAUGCCUGGGACCCUAGCUCAGAUGCAGGGCUGAACUUGACCGAGUCCAAGGCUCUCGUCACUCGCUUCCUAGCUUCUGGCUUGUUCAACGAGGAUGAGAAGUUUCUUCCAGCUUUGUUCGCGUCUGCCGACACGAAUUCUCGCAUCUCAGAAGUGGGCGAGGACACAUUGAAGCGAGUUUUGUUGUCCAAGGAUCUCGAGGAUGCAAAGCUCGUUGAGAGCUUAUUCGAGCUCUACUUUGGAUCGAGCACAUCGGACGGCCAGCUACCCGUGAAGACACCACUACGUAUUAGGAUCCUGAAUGUACUGUCAAGAUCUGUCAAAUGCACCUCAUAUCCCCGCCACAUCGCCAGGCUCGUUGAGGAAGGCCUACUAUCCCCCGAGCUUAAUGCGACAAAUAAGACAGCAGGUAGAGAGGCUUCUAAAUUCCGCUCCGCCAUCUUCGCCUUGGUCAACUUUGUCGCUCGACGCGGUGAUUCUGGAAACCUAUCUGUAGUCGCCGAAGGUCUUGUCGGCAACCUAAGGGCCUUCCUGCAAGAUCAGGGCUGGCCGACUCCUGACCGCGAUCAAGAUAUGGAGCUACGAGGCUACGGCUACGAGACUAUAGGGCUUCUAGCGAAAGCUGCACCAGAAAAGAUACUCAUUGAGCCCACCUUGGAUUUGCUAGAGUGGCUGUUUCGUUCUCUUCGAGAAGACUCCGCUGGUAAGGAUGUGGCUGUCAGCAUAGAAGAAGCUCUCUCCUCUGUGCUCGGAGCUUUUGCGAAACCCUUCGAUGCGGCUGUCAUGCCUAGGUUCAGGCAAAUUCUGCUUAGAUACGCCUCUGUCGAUCAGGUCAACACCCCAGCUUCGAGUAGAUUCACGAGAAGCACGCGAUAUGUCGCAACUAGAUUCGCAAAUCGUUGUCUUCCGUACGAUGAUGUGCUGGCAAGAUGGAUAGACAUUCUUGCCGUAAGUGGAGGAGCCACCGAGCGACAUGAGGUUGUGGAAGAAGGGCGUCGUGGACUCGACCCAUACUGGUUCCGGAUGUCCAAUACACCACCAGGUGAACGAGAGCAGAGUAACUUGGCAUUUCCUGAUUUCGACACGCUAGUGAGCUUCAUCUUCGUACAGCAAGGCGAGGAUGAAGACGCAAUGGAUAUCGACGAAUCGGGCGAUGUUCUCACUCAGGUACAACGCUUCUACCAACAACAUGCGGAGGUACUUCCAACCGUCAUUACUUUCUGCUCUGCUGUCGCUAUGCAGUCAGCACUAGACGAAAAGAAGAUGGGUGAUGAUAUUCCAGAAGACUGGGGAAGAAAACUCGACACUCAAAUGACUACGGAUUUGCGUGCACGACAAGCCUUCCGUGCCUUCGCAGCAAAUGAAUCACAUGCCCGGUCACUAGCCGUGAUACUAAGGGCUAGCUUCGACAGGCUCACUCGAGAUAAUGUGAGCGACAUUGGAGAUAUUGGGACUACUCUUGUGCGGUUAUUGUCUCUACUGCCACAACGACAAUGGCUCCUGGCGCACCUCGUUCAGGAUGUCCGUGCCCUAGAACCAUCAAUGUUGUCAAAUAAUGCUGGACGUCGCCUUGCUGCAGCUCAUGCAUACGGCUUGCUAGCUUCCCACAAUGAAUGUGAUCAGGGUUCUCUCCGGAACUCACAGGCACUGUUCUUCGAGAAGUUGAGCACAUGGAAGUCAGCUGUUGGUGGUGACAUUAAUCAGAUCAGCGGUGUCAUCUUGGCGCUCGGUUAUUACUUCAGCAGGGCGUUUUGGAGGAGCAGCGCAAGCUCCAGUAUCACUGCGGAUGAUCAUCCUAUUCAGCAGCUACUGUCGUCGUUGGUCGAAAUACUGAAAGAAUCUCGAGAUGCGACCCUCAAGGGUGCGGCUUACUCGUGCAUCGAUCAACUUAGUCUCUUCCACGUCGUUACACCCUCGUUAAUUAACAAGUAUGCAAAGGUCGAGGAUGUCAUCCAGCAGCUUUACGAUGCUGCAAAGACAGGCACGAUAAGCGCAAUUCUCGCAUUGGGCCACCUGGCCAUGAUUACUGAGGAGGUGGAAGCGGACACCGAAGAAGUGACAGACUACAAGAUUGUUGGGGACAAACUCUACGAGCUUCACGAAGUCCGCCAGCCAGAAGUACAUUUCUCAGUCGGCGAGGCUUUGAGCUGCUUCGUCAGCGGGUGGGACUCCAAGGCACUAACCGCCGAGCUCGACAUAUUACAUCCAGAUCAAGUACAGGACCCAUGGGAUGCGCCUUUGCAAACACCAUCCGGACCGAAGCGCGAGAAGACACUUGGCAGAGUCCUAGAGAAGACCUUGAAAGGCUGUCUGCAAACUAAACCUUCGCUAAAGAAAGCUUCCGUCAUUUGGCUCCUAUGUCUUCUCCAAUACUGCGGCCACAAACCCGGAAUGCAGGGCUACCUCGGUCAAUGUCAACUAGCGUUCAAGAACUGCCUCUCGGACCGCGACGAGGUCGUCCAGGAAGCGGCAUCAAGAGGGCUAGGCCUUGUCUACGAAAAGGGCGACCGUGAGCUCAAAGACGACUUAGUUCGCGACCUGGUAGGCUCGUUCUCAGACAAUAAGUCGAAGAUGUCUGGUACAGUCUCGGAAGAUACGCAGCUCUUUGAACCCGGUGCGCUACCUACCGGGGAUGGCUCCAUCACGACGUACAAAGACAUCCUAAGUCUUGCGGCUGAGGUCGGGGAUUCGAGUUUAGUAUAUCGGUUCAUGUCAAUGGCUUCGAAUAACUCUAUCUGGUCGAGCCGAGCAGCGUUCGGACGCUUUGGACUGAGCAACAUAUUCUCGGACUCCAGUGUGGAUGGGUAUCUGGCGCAAAAUCCGAAGCUGUAUCCAAAGCUUUAUCGGUAUAGAUUCGAUCCCAAUACUAAUGUACAGCGGUCCAUGAAUGAUAUCUGGAAUGCACUGGUCAAGGACUCUUCGGCGACCAUCGAUAAGCAUUUUGAUGCCAUCAUAGACGAUUUACUCGUCAGCAUCUUGACGAAAGAAUGGCGCGUCCGUCAGGCUUCUUGUGCAGCGAUAGCGGAUCUUGUACAAGGACGCAGUAUUGAAAAGUACGAGAAGUAUCUUAGCGCCAUCUGGGACAAAACUUUCAAGGUCCUCGACGACAUUAAAGAAACCGUCCGCGUCGCUGCCUCUUCCCUCGCUCGCGUACUAACUACCAUCCUUACUCGGUCCCUUGAAGCGGGUGAUGCAUCUAUCAAAUCCGCAAACGCUCAACUGACUCGCGUUCUCCCCUUCCUCUUCUCUACCUCCGGCCUCGAGUCCUCGGCUGAGGAAGUCCGCCUCUUCUCCGUUCAUACUCUACUUCAAAUUGUAAAAAAGAGUAACGCAACGACUCUCAAUCCACAUGUCCCUGAGCUUGUUGAGCGCUUGCUUGGACUACUAAGUAGUCUAGAGCCUGAAGCUGUGAAUUACAUACAUCUCAAUGCGAGUAAAUACAACCUCACCGAGCAAAAGAUCGACGACAUGCGCCUCCAGAGCGUGCGCUCUUCUCCGCUCACUGAGUCCAUUGAGCGCUGUCUCGACCUUGCAGACGCGGAAACUAUGAAGGCACUCGUCCCGCGCAUCGAAGCCGCAAUGAAGAAUGCAGUUGGCCUGCCGUCAAAAGUGGGAUGCAGCCGCAUCCUCGUCUCGCUCGCUACGAGGAAUAGAUUUUUGUUUAGUCCUUAUGCGGAUGGCUUUCUCAAACUCAUUCAGAAGCAAAUCCACGAUCGCAACGAAACAGUCUCUUCUUCGUACGCCGCAGCUGCAGGAUAUCUCGCCCGCCUAGCAUCAGACAAACAGAUCUUAUCCACCAUCGCUUUCAUCAACAAACUCUACUUCGAGUCUGAGGAAAAUAGUGAAAAGAACCGGCUCCUCGCUGCAGACACUACCCGCGCAAUCUCCCUGUACGCAACAGACCGCUUCACCUCCUUCGCAUCCUCACUUUUGCCAUUCAUGUUUAUCGCUAAACAUGACUCGGAUGAGCAGGUCCAGAAAGUGUUCAAGGAGACGUGGGAUGACCAUGUUGCGGGCCCACGCACUGUGUCGCUCUACCUGAAGGAGAUUUUGAGCCUAGGCGAGGGAAAGUUGGAAUCGCGACAAUGGGCUAUCAAACAUACAGCUGCUAAGACGAUUGCCGACGCCGUUCUGCAAAUUACAAAUGCAGUCGGAAGCGAGAAUAUCGAGCCGGGAACAGCCAAGGUGGUGUGGCCUGUGCUGGAUAAAGCGCUUAGUGGGAAGAGUUGGGAGGGCAAGGAGAUCGUCUUGGAAGCAUUUGUCAGGUUUGUUGAACGGUCAGAAGUGUACUGGAAGGAUGACGGGGCGGUGGCCAAGCAGCUUGAGAAGGUUGCGACCAGGGAGUCAAAGAGGCAAGAAGGCAAAAACGAGAAGGUGGUUGCUGGGGUGCUGGAGAAGCUGAGGGCGCAUUUGGGGAUGUAGGUAGUGCAUUAUAGACUAGUAGCAGAGGAUAGCGCAUAACUUUUGGCUAUGUAGUAAUUUCUUCGGCGUCUCAAUACUGCUUCAUGAUC